AUGAGUCUAGCAUGUCUGGUUUGCCACAGCAUAGAAAGCCCGUCACAUUCGUUCAGAAGUUACUCUGUUUCGAGUUCAGACAAUGAAGGAAGAUGCUCUGUGGUUGCCAGUUGCUUGACCAGAAAAUUUUCUCUUCCGAAUCCUAGUAUCACAUCGUCUAAGGUCAUGCCCCAGCCGAUUAUUUCGAGCGGUGGAGGGGUCACGGGGGCUCCACGCCUCGUUCGAAGCCGAGCUGUAAGAAGAGACCUCGUGAGAGACUGGGAUUUUGGUGGAGAAAUGGAGGACUAG